CCCUCAGGCCCCUCCCUCGCUCCCCACCGCUGUGUCACUCAUUGGCUUUGUCAGUUCCCCCCACAGUUGCUACCCAGGAGGCGGCGAACAGGUGAAGAAGCCUUGCUGCCAGUUCAGCCCUGAGAGGGAAGGAAGGAGGGAAGGAAGCUGAGGAGAAUGAGGCAAGCGGGGAGCGCGUCCUAAGGAGCCCAAGCGGUCCAGAGAGGCUGGAGGUGGCGACGCAGAAGGGAGAGGAAGAGGAGGCGAAGCAGCCCGGUCCGGAUGGAGGCGGCCAAGCUUGGAGGGAAGCGCCUCUUCCUCCUCUGGGCGGCUCUCCUCUGCUGCCAGGCGGCCCGGAGCGUGGGCGCAGUGGCAUCUCCCGCCAACCCGCCUUUGCCUCAGUGCCAAGAGGCAGAAUACCACUUUGAAUACACUGAGUGUGAUAGCACCGGAUCCAGAUGGAGGGUGGCAGUCCCAAAUCCAGAUGUGGAAUGUUCUGGGUUACCUGAUCCAGUCAAAGGAAAGGAAUGCACUUUUUCAUGUGCGUCUGGGGAAUAUCUAGAAAUGAAGAACCAGGUGUGCAGUAAAUGUGCUGAAGGCACCUACUCUUUGGGAAGUGGGAUCAAAUUUGAUGAAUGGGAUGAUCUGCCUGCCGGAUUCUCCAAUGUAGCAACUUAUAUGGACACAGCCAUUGGAUCAGUUGAGAGUAAAGCAGAUAACUGUGGCAAGUCUUCAUGGACUCCUCGUGGGAAUUACAUUGAAUCAAAUAGGGAUGACUGCACCGUCUCCUUGAUCUACACCGUACACCUGAAGAAGUCUGGUUCUGUCAUCUUUGAAUACCAGUAUAUUGACAACAACAUCUUCUUUGAGUUUUUUAUUCAAAAUGACCAGUGCCAAGAAAUGGAUUCUACAAGUGACAAGUGGGUGAAAUUGACAGAUAAUGGUGAAUGGGGCUCCCAUGCUGUGACACUGAAGUCAGGCACUAAUAUAUUAUACUGGAGAACAACAGGGAUCCUAAUGGGAUCACAGGUGGUGAAGCCUGUACUUGUGAAAAACAUCACUAUUGAAGGAGUGGCUUAUACGUCUGAAUGCUUUCCCUGCAAACCUGGUACAUUUAGCAACACACCAGGCUCUUCCACAUGCCAUGUCUGUCCUAGAAAUAGUUACUCUGAAAAGGGUGCUAAGGAAUGCACUAAGUGUGAUGAAGAAACACAUUAUGCAGAUGAGGGUUCAAGUCAGUGUAUGGAACGUCUUCCAUGCUCCAGCAAAGACUUUUUUCAAAUCCAUACACCAUGUGAUCAAGAUGGAAAGACUCAGCUUAUGUACAAAUGGGUGGAACCUAAGAUAUGUAGAGAGGACAUCCCUGAAGCAGUGAAACUACCACCUUCAGGAGAGAGAAAAGAAUGUCCACCCUGUAAUCCUGGUUUCUACAACAAUGGCUCAUCCUUUUGUGCUCCUUGUCCUUUGGGCAUGUUUUCUGAUGGAACAAGGGAGUGCAAAGCCUGUCCUGCUGGUACUGAACCAGCUCUAGGACUGGAAUACAAAUGGUGGAAUGUACUACCUCUCAAUAUGAAGACUUCUUGUUUCAAUGUUGGAAAUUCAAAAUGCGAUGGGAUGAAUGGUUGGGAAGUAGCUGGUGAUCACAUUCGGAGUGGAGCUGGAGGUACAGAUAAUGAUUACCUCAUUGUGAAUCUUCAUGUACCAGGAUUCAAACCUCCAACAUCAGUAACUGGUGUGACUGGUUCAGAACUUGGAAGGAUCACCUUUGUGUUUGAGACCAUCUGUUCAGCAGAUUGUGUGCUAUAUUUCAUGGCGGACAUCAAUAAAAAGAACACAAAUGUAGUGGAAUCAUGGAGUGGAAUGAAGGAAAAGCAGUCAUACACACACAUAAUAACAAAAAAUGCUUCUUUUACAUUUACAUGGGCUUUCCAGAGAACAAGCCAAGGCCAAGAUAGCAGGAAGCUCAUCAAUGAUGUGGCAAAGAUCUACUCAAUCACUGUCACCAAUGCCGUUGAUGGUGUUGCUUCGUCUUGUCAGGCCUGUGCCAUUGGUUCUGAACAGUUUGGUUCCUCCUGCAUCCCCUGUCCAGCUGGGCACUAUAUAGAAAAAGAAACCAACCAGUGCAAGGAAUGUCCUCCCAAUACAUACCUGUCCAUUCAUCAGGUGUAUGGCCAAGAAGCAUGUGUCCCUUGUGGCCCUGGCAGCCAAAGCACAGAGGAUCAUUCUGCCUGCUUUAGUGACUGCCUGCUUACUUAUGCCAAAGACAAUCAGAGUCUGAACUAUGAUUUUAGCAGCCUCAGUACAGCAGGCUCUUUAAUGAAUGGACCGAGCUUUACAGCAAGAGGAACAAAAUUCUUCCAUUUCUUCAACAUCAGCCUCUGUGGAAACCAAGGGGGAAAGGUCGCAAUAUGUGCAGAUAACAUAACCGAUAUUACACUAAAGGAUAUGGUAGCUGAGUCAGAAGAUUUUUCCAAUGUUGUAAGGGCUUUUGUUUGCCAGUCGACUAUCAUACCACCCGACAGCAAAGGAUUCCGAACUGCUCUGGCACUUCAGUCCAACAGCCUCGCUGAUACGUUUUUUGGAGCUACCAUUGAAACGACACUGGGAGAUAUAACUGUAAAGCCAGAAAUGUUUGAACAUUCUGAAAACAAAAUACCCGAUGUGCAUUUUUAUUACAAGUCUUCAGGAGCUACAGCGACUUGUGAAAAUGGUCGCGCUUCUGUAGUGACAAUGAGGUGCAACCCUGCAAAACCUGGUCAAGGAGAAAUUUCAGUUCCCAGUUCUUGCCCUGCAGGUACCUGUGACGGAUGUACCUUCUACUUCUUGUGGGAAAGUGCUGAAGCCUGUCCCAUGUGUACAGAACAGGACUACCAUGAGAUUGAGGGAGCUUGUAAAAAAGGACAUCAGGAAACUUUAUAUGUAUGGAAUGAACCAAAACUAUGUAUAAAAGGGGUUUCACUGCCUGAUAAAAAGACCAUCAUCUGUGAAACAGUGGAUUUCUGGCUGAAAGUUGGAGCAGGUGUGGGAGCUUUCACGGGUGUCCUGCUGAUUGCUUUAACCUGCUACUUCUGGAAGAAGAAUCAGAAGCUAGAGUAUAAAUAUUCCAAAUUGGUAAUGACGGCAAAUUCAAAGGAAUGUGAGCUUCCAGCUGCAGACAGCUGUGCUAUUAUGGAAGGAGAAGAUAAUGAAGAGGAAGUAGUGUAUUCAAAUAAGCAGUCAUUACUAGGAAAACUCAAAUCUUUAGCAACAAAGGAAAAGGAAGACCGAUUUGAAUCUGUUCAGCUGAAAUCCUCAAGAUCUCAAAAUAUAUGAAGACGUAACUCUUCCAAUGGACUAGCAAAGCUAAUUUCUAUUUAUAGAAGAGUACAUUUUCAACACAUUCUGGCACACUUCUGAAGGGUGUUCUCCAGUGAGGAGCGUUGAACAUUCUAAGAGGAAGAAAGAAGAGCAGAAAGAAGAGCAAGAGGGAAAAAUUGCCUUAUCUGAGACUCAGUAAUUUGCCAAAAAGGAAAGAAAACAGAUUGUCAUAAGCUGGGAUGGAUGUUCAACUCAGGGAGAGAGGAAGCAUGUGGAGUCCGAGAUAUUUUGAGGUCUGAGGCUGGUAAUCUCAGCAACACUUCCUGGAAUAGUAAAAAUAUGGCAAUGAACUAAA